AUGUCCAGCGCGGAAUCCUCUCCUUCAGCGGCAGCGGCAGCAGAGGCUGCCAGCGACCUCAACUACCUGCUACAGCCUCUGCACUGGACGGCCGUCAUGCGACACCCAAGUGGCGCCGCCUGCUCACCUUUCUGGUUCCGACUGUACACCCUCGCUAUGUUAUCGUUAGACCUGUCGUUCGUCUGCUCCACGCUCAUCGUGUUGUUCCGGGAGGGCACAGCGGAUAUGGACGUCUUCACACUGACCCUCAGUGUUGCAGACACAAACGGCACCUGGCUCUUCCGCUUGGCACACACCGUUAUGUGCGAGCGUGCCUUCCAUCAGCUCGCUGAUCAGGUGGGUCACGACUUCGCCGAGUUCUUGACUUGGGACGACAUCCCUCUGCUACGAGCGCAGUGCCGCGUAGUGCGCCGCUUCACGCUGACCUACAUCUGGUUUGGCGUGGGCGCCUGCGCAUACUUCCUGGUCUCUCCCGUGUGUGCUGAGGGUCUGCCCUACGUGCUGGCUCUGCCCUUUGACGCGAUGGAGCCGUUGGGCUUUGCCGCCGCGUGGGUCUUCUGCAUGGUAACGUGCCUGCACACCGUGGUGAUGACCAUGGUGCUCGACUCGUUGAACGUCAGCCUCAUUGCGCAGCUACGUAUGCAGCUCACACUGCUCAGCAGCAAAAUUGUAAAUCUCGCCAAAGUGCUGUCAGAGCGACCUGAGCACUCUUCUGAAACGACUGCCUGUCGUGAAGUUCGUAACCGACUGGAGAAGUGUGUCCGUCACCACCAAGCAAUUAUAAAGAAUGCAGAUUUGUUGGAGAAGACCCUGGGUGCGAUGCUGCUGGGGCAGAGCGUAUCCAUCGGCGCCUCUACUUGCUUCCAAAUGUUCCAACUUGCCACGAGCGAGAACGUGGCCCUGGCAGCCUACGAUGCGGCGACCUUACUGCAGGAAUGUCCUCUGUCCAUCAAACGGUCGCUGCUGCUCCUGAUGCACCGCGCGCAACGACCUCUGUGCAUCACGGCUAGUGGAUUCUUCCCCCUCUCCAGGGAGUCCUUUGUCGCGGUCGUCAAUGUGUCUUACUCAUUCUUCGCCAUUUUGCGAAAUUUCAAGAAGGAAGAGGAGUAA